GAACUGGCGGACGAAAAUGUGAAGGCGAUUUUUUUCAAUUUGUAGAAAGUUUUUUUUUAUUAUUAAGAAACGACCGGAUUGUAAGUAAUCCGCAUCGUCUGUUGCAAAAAAAAAGGAAGAAGAAGAAGAAAAAAGACGAGUUCUGUUGACACUUGGUGAAAAUGGCGAGCGGAGACUCUAAAGUUGACCUGUGGAGCGUCCCGCUCGUGGCGCUCAACAUGAAGGUGAGGAGGGAGCUGGGACUCUACCUAAACCCCAAGAACACCGUGGCCGCGGACUGGAUGUCCAUGGCGGAGACGAUGGGCUUCUCCUAUCUACAGAUCAAGAACUACGAGGCGUCCCGAAACCCCACCACCAUCAUACUGGAGGAGUGGCAGGCUCGCUGCUCAGAAGCCUCAGUGGGGAAGCUGUUGUCGAUCCUGGAGGAGCUGGAGAGAAAAGACGUGGUGGAGGAGCUUCGCCCUCUCUUAGAUGCGGACGUCAAGCGGUAUCUGAUGAAGAAGAGCAGCGAGCCCCCGGUGCAGGUGCCGGAAGUGGACAGCUGUGUGCCCCGCACCCAGGAGCGCGCUGGCAUCACCCUGGAGGAUGACCCUGAAGGUGCACCCGAACUUUUUGAUGCCUUCAUCUGCUACUGCCAGAGUGACUUCAAGUUCGUGAACGAAAUGAUCCAGCACCUGGAGCAGACCGAGUACAACCUGAAAUUGUGCGUGUUCGACAGAGACGUCCUGCCGGGCUCCUGUGUGUGGACCAUCACCAGUGAGCUCAUAGAGAGAAGGUGUAAGCGGAUGGUGGUGGUGAUUUCUGAUGAAUACCUGGAGAGUGAGGCCUGUGAUUUUCAGACCAAGUUUGCCCUCAGCUUAUGUCCUGGAGCACGAAGCAAACGGCUCAUCCCAGUGAUUUACAAGCCUAUGAAAAACCCAUUCCCCAGCAUCUUGCGCUUCCUUACCGUAUGUGACUACACCCGGCCCUGCACACAGAUGUGGUUCUGGAAACGGCUCGCCAAAGCUCUCUCGCUUCCAUGAUCAUGCACAAGGCAGACGUUUGCCUUCUCUCUUGGACCAAAGGGGCUAUCUGUGAUCAUGCCCAAGAUGUUUACGUUUUAGCUAAGUCUGUUCUCUAUCUGUUGUAAAUAUCUUUUAAUACUGGUGCUUGUGUUUCCAUCAACAAUGAGAUAUUACAGGUUUCCCAUAAUCUUUACUAUCUUACACAAACUGUCUCUUUACUUGUGUUCUGUGUGCGUGCAGCUUUCAUGUUAUUAAAAUUUCAAAAAUA